AUGAGCUCUUGCUCUGCUCCGCCCCCUUUCGUCUCCGGUAAGUCCCUGAGUCCCAGUAGAAGUGAGCUCCUGCUCUCCUUCUCCCCUUAUAUACACGACCGGGCUCCGCCCCCUUGCGUCUCCGGAAACCCGAACCCGAACCAACCCGAACCCGAACCCGAACCAGAAUCCCGAAACCCGGAACCCGAACCCGCACCCGAUACCCGACCCCGAACCCGAACUCCGAACCCGAACCCCGAACCCGAACGAGUGACCGAAACACCCGAAUCCAACCAGAACCCGAACCCGAACCCGAAACCUCACCCGACCCCCGAAACCCACGACCCUAACCCGCAACCCGAACCCGAAACCCUGAACCCGAACCAACCGAACCCGAACCCGACACCAGAACCAGACACGAACCCGAACCGAACCCGUAAGCCCGAACCCGAUCACACGAACCCCGAACCCGACAGACCCGACAACCCACUCCCGAGCAACCCGAACGCUACUACGAUAGCCCGUAACCCGAACCCCAACCCGAACCCGAACCCGAACCGAAUACCGAACCCGAACGGCCCGACCCCGAACGCCGGAACCCAAACCCGAGACCCGAACAUGGCAACCCGAACUCACCCGAACCCUCAACCGCGAACCAACGAACGCCGAACCGGGACCCGAACUCCGAACCCGAACCCGAACCGAACCCGAACCCGAACACCGAACCCGAACCCCGAACCGAAACCUCGAACACCCAACCCGAACCCGAACCCGAACCCGAACCCGAACCCGAAACCCGAACCUCGAACCGAACCCGAACCGAUACACCAAACCCCGAAAACCGAACCCGAACUCCUGAACCGAAACCCGAACCCAAGCGAUCCACCCGAACCCGACCGAACCGAACCGAACCCUGACGAACCCGGAACCACGAACCGAAACCGACCCGCCAACCCGAAACCCGACACGGUUUGUCGCUGUCUGGCGUGGAACCCGAACCCGAACCCGAACCCGACACCGAACCACGAACCCGAACCCGAACCCGAACCCGAAACCCGAACCCGACCCGAACACCGAACCCCGAACCCGAAAACCCGACCCAACCCCGAACCCGAACCCGACCGAACCCGAACCGAACCCGAACCGAACCGAACCCCCGAACAAACCGAACCCGAACCCGAACCCGAAACCCGAAACCGCAACCCGAAACCCGUGAACCCGAACGCCGCAACCCGAACCCGACGAUACCGAACCCGAACCCGAACCCGAAACCCGAACCCGAACCCGAACAACCCCGAACCCGAACCCGAACCCGAACCCGAACCCGAACCCGAACCGAACCCUGAACCCGAACCGAAACCCGAAACCCGACCCCCGAAUCCCGAACCCGAACCGAACCCGAAACGAACUCUGAACCCGAACCCGAACCCGAACACGCACCCGAACCCGAACCCGAACCCCGAACCCGAACCCGAACCCGAACCCGAACCCGACCCUGAACCGAGACCCGAACCGAACCCCGACCCUGAACCCGAACCCCGACCCGAACCGGAAACCCGAACUCCGAACCCGAAUACCCGAAUACCCUCGAACCCGAACCCGAACCCGAACCCGAACCCGCGAACCCGAACCCCGAUACCCGAUACCCGAACCCCGUAACCCCGACCCGAACCCGAACCCGAACCCGAACCCGAACCCGAACCCGAACCCGACCCGAACCCGAACCCGAUACCCGAACCCGAACCCGAAACCCCCGAAUCCCGAACCCGACCCGAACCCGAUACCCAAACCCGAACCGAACCGAAACCCGAACCCGAACCGAACCGAUACCCGAACCCUGAACCAAACCCUGAACCCGAACCGAACCCCGAACCCGAACCCGAAACCCGAUACCCGCAACCCGAACCCGACGACCCCGAACCCGAACCCGAAACCCGAACCGAACCCGAACCCGAACCCGAACCCCGAACCGAACCCGAAUCCCAACCCGAACCCGAACCCGAACCCGAACCGAACCCGAAAUCUCCGGAACCCGACAACCCGAACCCGAACCCGAAACCCGAGGACCGAACGACCGAAACCCAACCCGAACCCGAACCCGAACCCCGACCGAACCCGAACCCUGAACCCGAACCCGAACCCGAACCGAACCCGAACCCGACCCACCCGAACCCGCACCCGAACCCGAACCCCGAACCGAACCCCGAACCCUCGUACCGACCCUAUCCUGAACCCGAACCCGAACCACAACCCGAACCUCCCGAACCCGCACACCGACCCCGAACCGACCACCGAACCCCGAACCCGAACCCGAACCCGAACCCCGAACCCGAACCCGAACCGAAACCCCGUAACCCUGAACCUCCUGAACCCGAACCCGUAACCCAACCCGAAUACCCAACCCGACCCGAACCCGAACCCGAACCGACCCGACCCGACGAUACCCCCCCAACCCGAACCCGAACCCGAACCCGAACCCGACCCGAAUCCCGAACCCGAAUCCGUAACCCGAACCCGAACCCGAACAGAACCCCGAACCGAACCGAACCACGAAGCCCUGAACCCUCGAACCCGAACCCAACCCGAACCCGAACCCGUAACCCGCACCCGACCCGAAACCCGAACCAGAACCCGAACCCGAACCCGAACCCGAACCCGAUACCCGAACGCCGAACCCGAACCGAACCCGAACCCGAACCCGAACCCGAACCUCUAACCCCGAACCCGAAUCCCGAAAAACCCGUAACCCGAACCCGAACCCGACCCGAACCCGAACCCGAAUCCCAUCCCGAAACCCGAACCCGGAAACCCGAACCCAACCCUCGAACCCGAAACCCGACCGAUACCCGAAUCCCCGAACCUCGAAUCCCUGAACCCGAACCGAUACCCGAACCCGAAAUCACGAACCCGAACCCGAACCCGAACCCGAACCCUGAACCCGAACCGCUGAACCCGAACCCGAUACCGAAACCCCGAACCUGA